GCGGGGCAUGCUGACGCCGUCAAAGAUGGCCGUCCACAUCCGGGCAUGCAAGAUGGCGGCCCCCAUGUCUCACCGUAGCACUGCACUCUGCUCGUAGUUUAGACUUACAGACCUUGGCGAAAUGGCCCCGCUUUCCGCAGCUGGAGCAGGUCGGGCAGCGUUUUCGAGGAUGUUUUCCGACUUCACAGAAAUAACACAGCACGGGCUUUUGACGGGCCGCAGCCGUGGUCGGGUUCGGGGAGUUCGUGGAAUCGCGACUGGCAGCAGCGUUGGCAAAUUCACCGGCGGUGGCGGGGUCUGAGGCGUCCACGGAACCGGCGGGGAAUCGCGCGGCUGGACAGCAUCAGCGCUGUGCAGAGCAGGUUCCAGCAUGUCGGCCAUCUCAAUCGCCGAGCGUAAGGAAUGCUUCAGAGGGUGUCGACUUCUGCUGGGGUCCGAGUUCACAGUUUCUGGCUGCCCUCUGGAAUCUCGCUUAAGGUCUUACGACAUGCAGCUUGAAAGUGAGACAGAAAGUGCUACCACAUGGCUGGAAUGGGUGGAAAUCAUUGAGCCUCGAACUCGAGAGCGCAUGUAUGCGAACCUCAUCACUGGAGAAUGCGUCUGGGAUCCACCUUCUGGAGUCCGAAUAAAGCGUACCAACGAGAAUCAGUGGUGGGAGCUCUUUGAUCCCAACACCUCUAGGUUUUAUUAUUACAAUGCCACCACUCAGAGGACAGUCUGGCACAGGCCUCAGAACUGUGACAUCAUUCCACUAGCCAAACUUCAGACAUUAAAGCAGAACACUGACUCACCAAGCCGAGCUUCUGCCGACAACAGCCCCGGCCGCAGUAGCAACAUCAGCAGAGAAGGGAGUACCAGCUCCUCACUGGAGCAGGAGCUGGAGGCUGAUCGGACUCAAGAACAAGCACGGACGAAACAAGCCCAGCAGAUCAUCGGGAAAGAGGACGCGGAGAGGACAUCGCCUCACCGAUGGAUGACAGGCACUAGGGAGCGCAUGUUGAUCAAAGUCACAGACCGGGAACCAAGUUACCUCCUGCAUCAGGGUAACGGGAAUGUGGAAAACCAGCCCGGGACACGGCCGCGGAGACCCUCGGGCCACCAGCUGCCUCAUGCUCACAGCUUUGCCUCAGACAGUGACAACCAGGUCUUCUUCACAGAGCGCAAGCCAUCCCCUUACCUGAAGAGGGCUGAGCACAUUGGCGGCUGCUCUCCAGUGCUCGCCAGAGGAGAGCCCUAUCACUCCCCGAUCCAUUAUCAACAUCGCAAGUACUCCUUUGAAUCCCAGCCCUCGUCUCCUCGCUACGGCUAUGAGCCCCCUCUCUAUGAGGAGCCCCCUGUGGAAUACCAGGCUCCUAUUUACGAUGAGCCCCCUAUGGAGGUGCAGUGUGAGGGAAUAAGCUAUAAAGCAGGGUCACCUCAGAAGUCCCCAGUUCGGAAACCGCACCCAAUGCUUCACUCCCCCAAACAGGGCCAGAAUUCCCCCUACCAGCACCUCGUGUUGACAAAGCAGAAAUGUGCAGAGAGAUCUAUGAGCCUAGAGUACAGCCCGGCAGGCAAGGAGCUUGUGAAACAGCUGGUGUACGUGGAGCAGUCUGGCUCCAGCCCGAAAUUCAAGUCAGGCACAAAACAUCGGUAUUCGCCAAGUGCUGCCUCCACUAUUUCUUACACAUUGCAACAUAGCCCGUCACUGGGGAGGGACUUCCAGCGGUCAGAGUCAAGAUCUGCUGACUACAACGGUCUGGAGGAGUCGGAGGCCAGGUUUGUCCACCAGGGUGGCUCACUGAUCCAUGAGGACUCGAUGUCAUGGUCCAGCCAGCACGACUCACUGUCCUCCAUGGGUUACUCACCCAGCACGAGGAAGAGGAAAAGCAGGAAGCCCUCGCUUACGCAGGAGGGCUGCGGCGUGGCGGGGGAGAGCUGUGGCGAGGCGAGCCCAGCACCCGAGCAUCUGUUAGCGGAGGAGAGGCACUCGCCGGGCCAGGCCGAGGGCAAGGGAGCGGAGGUGGAUUCACUGCGGGGCUACUCAGAUGUACAUACAGCCCAGAGCCGGCUUGCACGCGAGGCUCAGCAGCUCCACCACAUCAAGCAGCGCAGCAGCUGGGACUCGCAGAAGGAGGUGUCGGGCUACGAGAGUGACGGGGCCCUGCCACUGCCAAUGCCAGGUCCUGUGGUGCGGGCUUUCAGCGAGGAUGAGGCCCUCGCCCAACAAGACAGCAAACACUGGAAGAGGAACACGUUUGAGAAGCUCGGCUUUCCUCAAGUGCUGCUGGAGAAGAGUGUAUCUGUGCAGACCAACCUGGCUUCACCGGAGCCUUACUUACACCCAUCACAGUCCGAGGAUCUGGGCACUUGCAGUCAGUACGAUGUUGGGAGGCAGAACAGGAACAUGAUGCCCAGCGCCAGCUGCGUCUUCCCCGGCUUCAUGCUGCGUAAGCCUUCCUCCGAGACCGACAUCGAGAACUGGGCUUCCAAACACUUCAACAAGCACACGCAGGGCAUCUUCCGCCGCAAGGUCUCCAUCGCCAACAUGUUAGCCUGGAGUAGCGAGUCCAUCAAGAAGCCCAUGAUAAUGACUGCCGACCGGAGCGUGAAGAAGGAGGCCUGUGAGGUGUUCAAGCUCAUUCAGAUGUACAUGGGUGACCGACGGACCAAGGCGGAUCAGCUUAAUGUGGCGCUGGAGAUCGCCACGAAGGGCUGGAGCAUGCAGGGUCUGAGGGACGAGCUCUACAUCCAGCUGUGCCGGCAAACGACUGAGAACUUUAGAUACGAGAGCCUCGCCAGGGGCUGGGAAUUAAUGGCCAUCUGCCUGGCCUUCUUCCCCCCAACUCCCAAAUUCCACUCUUACCUGGAAGGCUACAUCUACAGGCACAUGGAUCCCGUGAAUGAUGCUAAAGUGACACAGCACAUAACAGAGCUCCAGGAAAGGAAAGAUAAGAAGAGAGUGAAAUUGCGAAAGAAAUCAAAGCCUUGUAUUGCGGAUGCCGAUGGUGUUGCUAUCAGCACAUAUGCCAAAUACUGCUACCGAAAGCUACAGAAAUCAGCUCUGACUGGAGCAAAGAAGGGUCUCCGUAAACCAAGUGCAGAUGAGAUCAGACAUGCCACCAAUGCCGUUUUCUGCCCCUCCAUGUUCGGCAGCUCCCUGGAAGAGAUCAUGAACAUGCAGAAUGAUCAUUACACAGACCGACAGCUACCGUGGGUGCAAACCAGGCUCUCAGAGGAGGUGCUGAAGCUCAAUGGAGCUCAGACUGAAGGCAUCUUCAGGGUCCCUGGUGACAUCGAUGAGGUCAAUGCUCUCAAGCUGCAGGUGGAUCAGUGGGUUAUCCCUCAAGGGCUGACGGACCCCCACGUACCAGCUUCGUUGUUGAAAUUGUGGUAUCGUGAACUGGAGGAUCCACUCAUCCCACACGAAUUUUACGAGCAGUCAAUCACUCACUAUGAGAACCCGGAGGCAGCCAUCGCAGUUGUCCACUCCUUGCCCAAGCUCAACCGCCUAGUCCUCGGUUACCUCAUCCGGUUUCUCCAGAUUUUUGCCCAGCCAGCUAAUGUCUCUGUUACCAAGAUGGACGCCAACAACCUGGCAAUGGUCAUGGCGCCCAACUGUCUGCGCUGCCAGUCCAACAACCCCAGGAUAAUAUUCGAGAACACUCGGAAAGAGAUGUCCUUCCUGCGAGUGCUGAUUCAACACCUGGACACAAGUUUCAUGGAAGACGUGCUAUAGCGAGGCCAGUUCACCAGUCAGAGCAGAAGAGAUCUCAUCAACAAACACAGAUGUCAGCAGAAAUACAGAGGGGUUGGCGAGGAGAUAUUCGAUCUGCAGCUGCUCCCAAGUUGAUGGUGGCCAGGGGUGUUCAGGCACAGUGCUUGACCUUCGAGCUGAGGUUGGAGAGGGCUGAGGGGGUUUAAAGCAACGUGUUGUGUCAGCCAGACUCUGUAAUUAGAACACAUGGAAAUGUAGAGGCUCCAUGUUGUGUGAAUAAUGAAUAAACAAGUUAAGAAAGCCUUGCUUUGUUCAACUUCAAGUUAUUGCCAU